ACUCGGGAAAUAGUCUCCCUGUACCACUUUAUUAAGUAACCACGUCUCAACUCUCGCGAGAACACGCGGGAGUUGAAUUUGAAAACAGGCGGUAGUGUUGCGAGAGGAGAACGAAAGAAAAGGGGAGAUGGCGGCAGACCACGGAAUGGACCUGAAAGAGGCGUUUCAGCGCGCGCAGAGAGGCCUCACCAACAAGGCGCAGCUGGUGGCGAGUCUGAGCCGCUACGACGAGCUCGAGGACAAGACCCUCUUCCACGAGGAGUUUGUCCACUACCUGAAGUACGCCAUGAUUGUCUACAAGCGGGAACCCAUGGUGGAAAAUGUAAUGGAGUUUGUCGCGAGGUUCGCCACGAGUUUCCUGCCUCCGCCCAAAGGAGAGGAGGAGGAGGAAGAAGAAGAGGAGGAGGAGGAAGAAGACGAUGCUGAGGACGAUCAUCCUUUUUUGAGUUUCCUUUUCAACUUCCUGUUGGAGUCCCACAAAGCCAACAGCCAUGCGGUGCGUUUCCGCGCGUGCCAGCUGAUCAACAAGCUGCUGGGCAGCAUGGCGGAGAACGCCCAGAUAGACGACGACCUCUUCGACCGCAUCCACCAAGCCAUGCUGGUCCGCGUCACCGACAAGUUCCCCAACGUGCGCAUUCAGGCUGCUCUGGCCAUGACGCGUCUCCAGCAGCCAAAGGACCCGGACUGUCCCACCAUCAACGCAUACAUGUUGAUACUAGAAAAUGAUGCCAACGCUGAGGUGCGGCGUGCCGUCCUCUCCUGCAUCGCCAUGUCCCCUCGCACCCUCCCCAAAGUGCUCGAGCGCACCCGGGACAUCAAGGAAAGCGUCCGGAAGCUCGCCUACCAGGUUCUGGCUGAAAAGGUUCACAUUAAAGCUUUGACCAUCGCUCAGAGAGUUGAUCUGCUGCAGCAGGGUCUCCACGACACCUCAGAAGCGGUGAGGGAGGUGGUCUGCUCUCGCCUGCUGCCGGCGUGGCUGCUUCGCCUGGACGGCAACGUCACCGAGCUGCUCCACCGGCUGGAUGUGGAGAACUGCGCCCAGACGGCUCUGGACGUGCUGCAGGCCGUGUUCAAGGGCACGCCCGCCGAAGAGCUGCUGCACAACGGCGUGCCGCUGGACCACAGGAAGCUGGUCCCGGUGGAGUCUCUGUCCUGCGAGAAUGUGCUCUACUGGAGAGCUCUGUGUGAGUUCAUCAAGGCCAAAGGAGACGACGGGGAGGAACUGCUCGAGCGAGUGUUGCCAGACGCUGCCAGUUACGCCGACUACCUCUACGGAUACCUGAAGGCGGUACCUUUGCUGUCGGAGGAGCAGAGAGCCGACUUCAACCAGCUGGAGCUGGUGAUGACCAAGGAGUUCAUCUCGCAGCAGCUCAUCCGCCUCAUCGGGUGCCUGGACACCGACGAGGAGGGCGGCAGGAAGUGCGUGUUGGCCGUCCUGCAGGAGAUGUUGGCUCUUCCACAGACUCCCCCCUCCCUGGUCUCCCUUCUCACCGAGAAGCUCCUCACCCUCAUUCCCGACGACAGCAGGCGCAUUCAGACCGUGGCAGAAAUCAUCUCUGAUGUGAGGGAGCCCAUCAUGGAGGCCAGCAAGCCGGUGGACCAGAACACCAGCCGGCGGCAGCAGGUCCAGCUGGCCCAGGUGAAGGUGCGCAUCAUGGAAGCCAAGCAAACCCUGGAGGACUCCAUCGCGGCCCAGGACUUCAGCCGGGCCGCGGAGCUGAAGGACUCCAUCGCAGAGCUGGAGAACCAACGGAACCAGAUCCUCCAGGAAAUGACGGCGAGCAGCCAGCCGGCCGACAAGGAGAACCGCGCAGAGAAGAAUGACCCAGAGACUCUCCUGCGAUGUCUAAUCAUGUGUGCAGAACUGCUCAAGCAGAUGAACAUCAAGACGAGAAUCGGUCCAACCAUAAGCGCCCUGAUGUCCUCGCUGGUCCUGCCCAGUAUAGCCAACGCUCACCCUGCUGUCCGGAACAUGGCGGUGGUUUGUCUGGGAACGUGCACUCUGCACAGCAAGGAGCUCGCCAGAACACACAUGGUCCUGCUGCUGCAGAUCGCCCAGCUGGACGAAGUGAAGAUCCGUAUCAGCGCCCUGCGCGGCAUCGUCGACUUGCUGCUGCUGUUCGGCUUCCAGCUGCUCUCGGAGCCGGCCGGCGCUCAGGCGGCCGCACAGACGCGGUCCCCGGAGCGGCCCGAGGGGGGCGCCGCGUCCGCCGAGGAGAAGGGAGGCGCACCGGAGGACACGGUGCAGAGCAUUCUCGUGAUGCUGUCGGACUUCCUGGACAGCGAGGUGGCGGACCUGCGCACGGAGACGGCGGAGGGCCUGGCCAAGCUGAUGUACAACGGCCGCGUGUCCAGCGCCAAGAUGCUGUCCCGCCUGGUGCUGCUGUGGUACAACCCCGUCACCGAGGACGACACUCGACUGCGCCACUGCCUCGGCGUCUUCUUCCAGCUCUACGCCCGCAAGAGCAGGGUUCACCAGGAGGUCGUGGAGGAGGGCUUCCUGCCCACCGUUCGGACUCUGAUGAACGCACCGGCCACCUCCCCUCUAGCCGAGGUGGACAUUAACAACGUGGUGGAGCUGCUGGUGGAGCUGACCCGUCCAAGCGCGCUCAUUAAGCCCUCCACCAACACGGAGGAGGUGUGUGUCCAUGACUACCUGGCGGUGCGUAUGUGUGGGGAGAUGUUGAAGGAUCCCACCGCCCCGGAGGUGCGUCUCUACGCCAAGACGCUGAGCAACCUGGAGCUCAGCAGAGGCGACACCGUACGGAAGGACCUGCUGACGCUGCUGCAGCAGCUCGUUCAGGUGGUGAAGGACCGCGUCUGUCUCCGCGCGCUGGAGAAGAUGGUUCAUCAGCUGGUGGACGCAACCGAGCAGGCGGAGCUCCUCUGCGCCAGCGCCCUCCAACCGCUGGACGUCAACGCAGACGAGGCAGCAACAGACGACCCGUCCAAGUCCGCCAAAAGGGCCAAGAGAGGUCAGAGGAAGGCCAGCACGGCCAAAGGAGGCAGGAAAGCCAGCAGGAGGGCCGAGUCCUCCGAGGAGAGCGAUGGGGAGAAUGUUCCAGAGUCCGUCCCUGUGGCGCGUCUCUCGCGGAGGGCCAAGACCGCAGCGCUGGAGAAGACCAAGCUGGACCUCAACACCCUCAUCAACAAGGAGCCCAACGUGUCGUAGAAGGUGCUCCAGUGUAAUAUCAUCCACGUCAGCCUUUCUCCUUUUAGUUCUGUAUGUUACAAGUUAUAUUAUGUCAAUAAAAGCUAUUUCCCAACCGCA